AAUUUGCUUGGUUUACUUUUUAAGUUAUGAUUGCAUAAUACUUGGCAGAGAACUUAGUUGGGAAAGGUGGCCAAGCAGAAGUUUACAAGGGGCUCUUAUCCAAUGGUCAAAUUAUAGCUGUAAAGAGGCUAAUGAAGAAAGAGAAAGAGAAAGAAAAUGAGGAUAGAGUUGGUGAUUUCUUAGGAGAGCUUGGGAUUAUUGCACACAUAAGCCACCCGAAUGCUGCUCGGUUGCUUGGGUUUGGCAUCGAUGGUGGUUUGCACCUUGUACUCCAAUUUUCCCCACAUGGCAGCUUAGCUUCUCUACUUUUUGGUUCAGAAGAAUCUAUGGACUGGAAGGUCAGGUUUAAGGUAGCAGUUGGGAUAGCAGAAGGCUUGCGAUAUCUCCAUCACGAAUGCCACAGGCGCAUUAUUCACAGAGACAUCAAGGCCUCUAAUAUCCUACUAACCGAAGAUUAUGAAGCUCAGAUAUCUGAUUUUGGACUAGCGAAGUGGCUCCCAGAAAAAUGGACUCACCAUGUUGUAUUCCCUAUUGAAGGCACAUUCGGGUACUUGUCUCCAGAGUAUUUUAUGCACGGGAUUGUUGACGAGAAGACGGAUGUAUUUGCAUAUGGUGUUUUAUUACUGGAGCUCAUAACAGGUCGCCGCGCAGUUGAUUCAACUCAGCAAAGCCUUGUGAUAUGGGCGAAACCACUUCUGGAUGCUAGU